AUGCACAAACAAAAAAAACCAAAUAGACGAGAGGAAGCGCAUCGUUCAAGCUUUAAAUAUAUACUGACAGCCAUGCUGCUGAUGAGUCCGUCUUUAUUGUGCACUAGGGCGCUGAUUGGACGAAUACGGAAUGUCAAAAAAGGAAACAAAGAAUCUUAUAAAAAGCUUGUUGUUUCAAGCCGGCCAAUACCCGACAUAGAACAAUUACUUCAAGAAGAGUAUGAAGAUGAAGAUGUUAAUGUUAAAAUCGUCGAACUUUCAACAGAUACACUUCAAAAGAAAGACAUUGUUAUAGGCGAGAAUAGACCUAAAGAAAUUGUAGAGAAAAAACAGAAUAAAACUAAGGUAAAAAAUAACAUGGAUAUUAUUCCUGGCAUGGAUACACAAGAAGAAGAUGAUGAAGCAGGUGAAGAUGAUAACAAUGAUGGUGAUGACCAGUUAAAAUCUAAAAAGGAGGUAAAGAAAAUAUUAAAAAGACAAGCGACAAAGAAAUUACAGAAAAGCAAAGUAUUCCAAAUGAAAUCCAAACUAGACAGGAUACAGAAUAAGAAGUCACAGAAGAAAAAGGCAAAGACUGAACAAAGGAAAGAGAAAUCAAAAAAGAAAAAUCACAGGAAGAAGCAUUGA